UACUGAGUGAUCAUUUUACACACGGACACCAGCCAUGGCCAACACACAGACAAAAACUGUGGAUGUCUUUAAAUCUGUUGUCUACAGGAUUCCUGCUCUUUUCUACGAGACAGAAAGUAACACUCUUCUAGCCUUUGCAGAGCAGAGGGAGACAGAAGCUAAUUGCACUGCGAAAGAGCUGGUUAUGAGAAGAGGAACACUGAAAGAUGAAUCCCCUGGUGUGAAGACAAUUGAGUGGUCAGAGCUCAAAACAGUGGUGGAAAAGGCAAAACUUGACAACUACCGUCCUCUGAACCCCUGCCCAGUGUUUGAGAAGAACACGAAAACACUUCCUGUUUUUCAUUUGCGUUGAAGAUCGUGUGGAAGAGCAAUGGCAGAUAAAAAACCGCACCAACAAGGCCCGUCUCUGCUACAUUACAAGCGAGGAUCUUGGACAAAACUGGAGUGAAGUGACAGAUUUGACAUACACACUGGGCGAAAUUAAGAACUGGGCCACAUCUGCUGCCGUAGUCAGGGAGGCUGAAAAGUCCAAAAGGACUGGAGUGUAUGUGAUGAAUUUACUGUAUAUAAUGGCAUAUGUUCUUCAAAUACAAGUAAAUAAUAAAAAACAAUAAUAUAUCAUUUUAAGAGGAACGCUGAAAGAUGAAUUCUCUGGUGUGAAGACAAUUAUGGUAAACAAAUCCAAUCAGCUCUGUCAUUGUUGGCUGAAUUA